CCAAGCCUCGCUCCAGCUCCUCAUCCAUCACAGCGAUAAUAAUUUCCGAUUGGCUACGCUGUAACUGGUUAACCGUUUAUGAUAGCGCACGCACGUGCACCGAUGUUUUGUGCAUAGGGUGUUGUAGAUAGAUCCGAGCGCGCAACCGCUGUGCGAACUACGCUAGCUGCUGUCAUACGCCUGCCACACACGUACAUUGAAGCAAGUCAACAUUCUGUACUACUGCCAAGGCUAAAACGCUUUAGGUCGAAAGCAGCAUGGCUGAUGAUUCAGGCAGAACCAUACCUGCGCACGACCCAACACUAUCCCAAAAUUGCGUGACCGCCGCAAGCGGGGUGUGUAAGCCAGCAGACCCGCCACUCCAAACGCUCUCUCCCGACACGAAGCGCCAACGAAUUGAGGCUCCCAACCCGCGGACAGCUCAUCAGCAGGACACAGGAGGCCCCCAGCAGUCCGCGGGCCCGCGCCCCGGCUGGUCCGAUGUGUCCCUCGAGUCCCUGAGGGGCCAGCUGGAGGACUUUGCACGGCAGCGAGAUUGGGAGCAGUACCAUACCCCCCGCAAUCUGCUGCUGGCCCUGGUGGGGGAGGCCGGGGAGCUGGCGGAGCUGUUCCAGUGGCGCCGCGAGGGCGAGGCGGCGCGCGGACUGCCGGGUUUCACAGCGCCGCAGCGCACCGCGGUGGCGGAGGAGCUGGCGGACGUGCUGCUGUACCUGGUGCGGCUGGCCGAUGCAUGCGGGGUGGACCUGGGGCGAGCGGCGCUGAGCAAGAUGGCCAAGAACGCGGUCAAGUACCCGGCGGAACGCUGCCGGGGCUCAUCCGCAAAGUACACCGCAUACGAUCUCCGGCAGCAGAAGGAGGAGGAGGAGGAGGCGCAGCAGCAGCCGGAGGAGGAGGAAGGGGGAAAGGAAGAGGAGCAGAAGCAGCAAGAGCAGGAGGGAGAGAAGGAGCAGCUGAAGCAGGAACAGGAAUAGAAGCAGGAUAUGAAAGCAGGAGGAAGAAGAGGGGCAGCAGCAGUUGGAAGUGGAGCAGGACAGGUUGAGAGGAGCAGGAGGGCGUAGGUAGUG